AUCUUUCCAUGAAGAAGUUUAACAUGGAGCGAAGUGACUCCAUGAAAGUUUGCGGAGCGCGAAGUGUUUGACUCAUAGAGGUAAACUGAUGCGAGUUAUUCUUUAUCUGACUUUUCGUGCUUUCAGAGAUUCCGUAAUUUGCUUCAAUUAGACUACAAUGCAUCAUCGAAAGAAGCUUCGCCUCCGCGACUGGCUUGUGAUGAAUAUCAAUGAAGGCCGAUUUGGUUUGAGAUGGGAAGGAGACCCAAAGGACAGAAUGUUUAGAGUACCGUGGAAGCACGGCAGUCGGCAUGGAUGGAGCGUGGAAGAUGCUGCUCUGUUCCAAGCUUGGGCUACAUACACAGGAAAGUAUAAAGAAGGCAGGGAUAAAGCUGAUCCUCGAAAGUGGAAGACGAAUUUCAGGUGCGCCCUAAACGCUCUGCCUGAUAUCAAAGAAAUUCGCACCAAAAGUUGUCCGCGUGGAAGGGAUGCAUUCAAAAUCUACCGAAUGAGGCCGCUUAGAGGCAGAGGUAAGCUUAGCUUAUAUUCAGGCUAACAUUGACUCCAGGAAUUUUUGUGAUAUAUAUAGAGAAAGCUCUGAGUUCACUGUAAUGAAUACUGAGACAACGAGUCCUCAGGUGGCAGGAAAAAGGAACAGAAUUGGGCAAUAUUUUGUGAUACCGCAAGUCUAGCAAACAACCGCAGUGCAAUCACAAGUACAAUGUUGCAACUAACUAAAAUUGAAGUAGAAACCUUAAAAAAAAAAAAAAAGCAUCAGUGAAAACUUCUCUUCCAUUCAGAGUGUCAGCGAUCAUUCGCGAUUCCUCUUAAAAAUCAGAAAAGUUUGUUUUGCUUGCGCACGAAAUGAGAACACAACUUUACUGACUUACCAACGACUGAGCACCUGAUAUUGGCAAUUUCCUUCAUCCUAGAAAAAGGAAACCGUGCCGGGAAUGGAACAUCCAGACUUAUUUGACCUCAAACAUUGUCAAUCCUAAGCAAUGUUUUUUUUAUAAACUAUUAUCGAGUCAACUUGCCGUCAAUUAAAGAAAUUCUUUCAUAAUGAUCACGUUUUUGCUAGCUGUAGUUUGGUUUGCUAAAUAAAACCAAUUGUUGUAUUCAGUUGAGCCAACAACAUGUAGUAUCGGUUACUUUAAUUUCGAUGGCUUUCCAAAAACAUUUGUACUCGUCAGUGUAUUCUAGGCCAUUUUUCCCCAACAAAAAGGUAGGUAUUCAUUCAGAAUUUGGUAGAAUAGACUCCAUUACACAACCACCCGUAAUUAACGUCUACAUCAAACUAGGCUUUCCCACAGCUCAAAGCUUUGCGCUUGAGCUAAAAACGCCUUCAUCAACGACAAAAACAUCUAUAGCAAGUGCGGAACUUGCAAAUAUCGUGGCAAAUAUCUACCAAAUGUCCUUCCUCCUUUCACAGGUUGCUGAGUGUGGGAUUUCUUUUGUCUUUCUUCUGUGCUGUAACACGAAGUAACUGAGUAAUGAAAUUUAAGAUAGACUUUCGGACGUAAGCAGAUUUUUUUUUUAUCUUUAUCUGAUGCAACGGUGUGGUACAUCAACAAUUCAACUAAUUCGGUGAGGUUUGUUUAUUUAAAGAACACGAGCAUUAGUGAACUAGAAUCUAAUAGCGCUGCAAAACAAUAUAAACUAUGAAGGAAACAAAAAGGUAAUCUAUGUUGGGAGAGAUCGGAUCAGGCCUCCUUGCAUGGUUACUUUCACUUUCGUCGAAGAAUCAUCGCGAAGGAAUCAUUUCUAUAAACAGCUUUUCCGUUGUUUGUAAAGAAAGUAAUCGGAUUUUCCCAACUGAGUGUGUUGCAUUUAUAUUGCAGACUUUCUUUACAAAUUGUUUCACAGUUCGUCCUCAAAAGACUUGGAAAUUAGUGGUUCGGCCAGCAUACGAUCAUGUAAUCUUUUUGUUUUAAUAAUUGCAUACACUUGAACAUGUACUUGUGAAUGUGAACAAAAAGUUGGAAAAACCAGUUUCGCAGCAAGUUGACGCACAUGGCCAAGAUUAGUGCUAUUUCGGGAAGUUGACAGCGGCGAAAUGCACAAACGGUGACUUGCGAAUUUUGCGACAGGUAGACCGACAGGUACUCUUCAAAAUGGGCCUUUUCUUCAUCUUUAAACACGUGUUUGUCAACUUAAGCUUCAGCAAUUGUAAUUUAAUGUUGCAUCGUCACUUAAGUGAAUAGCAAACUGAAUUUUAUUUACCAUCCAUUUCUUCACUGGGACAAAAGUUUUACCGAUGUGACUUGAAGAAAAUUAGCGAUACCAAGAGCAUGAGUGAAAACCAGGAAAUAAUCAGUAUUUCGCGUUUCAACCGAAUUUCUAUUAUGUAAAGACUUGUUCAGUAAAAAGUUGGAAAGCUUUAAUUAAUAAUAAUUUAAUAAUAAUAAUUGUGGUUUUCUUCCACUGUCUGGGCUUUCGGUACGUGAUUGCCCAGAUUUUUGCGUGAAAGAAUAAUUUUUGAAGCGCGCUGACGCUUUAGAGAUAUGAUUUAAUUUUUGAUCUUCAGACGAGACAGGAUUGAUUGAAAAGAUGUAGCCCUUCGGCAAUUUCAGCACGGUUAAGACAAUGAGUUUUAGGAACUAAAUAGAGCACUAGAGAACUGAAACCACGAUGAUGGAAAGAUAAAGUUUGAAUGAACUUUCAAUGAAUCAAAAAGUUAAUUAGCACGCUGUACUAAGCUCUCAUCAUUGAAUCGACUCAAUCACUUUCUUGAAAUGAAUUUCAAGGCUCUUGAUUAAAAAAGUAAACAACAAAUUGUAUAAAAUAUUGAAACAAAACCCCUUUGUCGUCUCGAAGAAACUUGUCAUGAAUGAUUUCAAAAUUGUAUCAUGAUCACGUAGAGAUAAAAGAUUUUCCCUGUUCUUUUGACAGAGAAUCCGCCUUUGUUGUCCACCAGUCAGACAACAGAAAUAAGAAGGAGCGAAGCCGUAUUUCAGCCUUCAAGACUAUCUUUUAGAGAGACCAGUUUUCCGACUUUGGGCGUGUGUUACCAGGUAAGCAAGUUUCCAUGUUUUCUCAUCUCAUAUACAAAUUUAGUAAUUCCUGCAACAGCUGGAGUGAGAAGCAUUUUUCUUGUGGAAAACAUGUAAAACUCAUAAAAAAAUCAUCCUACAUUUGACUUUUUUGCUUCCGGUUUACCUCGUAAUUCGUGCGCCGCUUAAAACAGAUUUUUCUUUCCGGUGGUUCUAAACCCUUCUCUAUCUCCUCCAAAUAUAUGUAAAAAAAUCUAAAAUAAACGGCUUAAUUUCCUUUAGUUACCUUUCGUCAGGUAGUCCUAGCAAUAAUCUUUAUUUCUGAAGCCCUCAUUGCCAAAUUUGAGAAUUGCACCCGCGACUUCUGGAUUCGAUGCGCGCGGAGUACACGCGGUCAUGUCCGGCUCUACACGCACGAUAUCUCGUCGGUUUCAUCGGUUCUAUCCAGACUGGCGAAGUCUGCUUACUUCAACUGAUUUUUUGAGGAUUCUGAUCGAAUUUCUGGGAAUUCCCUGUAUUUGAAAAAAGCUAAAGAGAUAAUCAACACUGAAUUUAAAUGACAAGUUUGGUUUUUAGAUGGGGUUUGAAGAUAUUGAAGAAAUUUAUCUCAAAUCCACUGACGUUUUACAGAAAUUUCGAAGAGAUAUUUCAAUCGGCGAUUUCAAGUGAUAUCGCUUUCGCAACGCGAAACAAAUAUUGUUCCCACCAGUCAAUUUCUCGGAAUUCUAGGUUCACGAGUUACAUAAGAGAGAGCGAUUUAGGAAAGGAAAGUUUUCCACCCCUCAAGAGAUUUACAGGAAAAAAAUUGCUAGAUCUGCGAAUUAUAGCUUGAAGUCAACCUUUAAUCUCAUAGCUACCCUCUCAAUUUUAUAAGUAAUGAUCUCGCUUGAGCGUCCUAAUUAGUAGGCAGAAUUGAUUUUUUUACGAACUCCACUCGCCGACUACUUUGAAUUAAUAAGAAUUCGAUAUUCUACGACUGCUUAAAUCAUAAUAAAAUUACUUUCACUUUCAUCGAUUCAGAGACGACAUUUCACUACAAAAGAGCAAUGUGGUUUCUAAAAUUCACAUCAUUAGCUAAGGUAACACAAACAACCGACAAAACCUUACACGCUGCGUAAUUACGCAUGACUACUCCGCCGCUCCUCAAAGCUUCUGCGUUUACAUAAUGACUCACCUCACAGCUUUCUCCGGAUACAAUCCUUAUGUCAUAAAAAAAUCCUCCAAUUUAUCCAAAUUUGCAUCAACUCAAAGAAUGCUUUUCACAAACGUGUCAUGUCAAAAUGACGCUUGGUGACGUUUCUUGGAAAUCAGUUGAAAUAUUACGCCUUAUCAUUUUGGGAAUAUAGAGUUACGAAAUUGAAACAAAGCGAACAAAAGAUUGUUUGUAUUUGAAAUAGUUGCGUGACCACAGCUGCUAUACGGAUGAAAAGCGGAACCGGAAGUUGCUUUGCAAACUACAUUUGGAUGUUGAAACCUUCGAGAAAACGGUUUUCAGUUCCUUUGGAAUCUCUUGAAUCACAAGGGUUGAUUACGGAUAUACGGACGUCCCUCAUUCGGUGGUGUUAGCACGACUAAACGAUUUUUAAUCUCCUUUGAUAAUAUCGAGUUUCCCGGAAAGCAGUUGUUAAUUGACAGCCAAGGUGAUAAGAUUAUAAAAACAACUUCCCGCGAUAUCUGAGGGGUUAUUUUUAAGACUAAAUCAUCCGUAUGACAGAAUCAAUUUCUCAAGAUCGUCUUGGAAAAAAAAAACGUUUUGUUAUGAGAGAUCUUUAAAAAUUUCUGAGGUUUUUCCAAAAAACUCUGUACUCUAUGGGGUGUCAAAAAUAAACAAUAGUACCCCUAUAAAUUUCGCCUCCUAUAAACACAAUUGAUUGCGCAAGUUUAACUUUUAUUUUCAGCCCUCUUCCUACCCGGCAGAGCCGGAAGCUUAUGACAGAUGGCCGUGUCGAGGUAAGCUUACUUGUAAAUGGAAUUAUUUGGGGCUCUUUCUAUAAACGCAGUCAAUGUUUUUGCAUCCUUCCCUUCGGACUUUUCCGUUAGAGCCCUACAAACUGGCUGGCCCGGCAUCAUGAAAGACGGACAGUUUGUCUGAUGGUCCUAUUGGUUACCGAGCUUAAAUUUCGAGAAAUUUCAGCUCAGUUACUGAGAUGAAUAAGACAUGACCGUCCCUCGAUUGGGCUGAGAGGUCGAAAUGUCUGGGUCACCAAUAUCUAGGCCAGCCCGCCUCCUUAUGUGGAAACAAUGAGAUUUUCAUUGUAGUUCUACAGCUGGGGCGAGAUCUAAGCAACCAAGCAAACCUGUUUGACUGGGUUCGUGUGAAGACACCUGCCUAAGUAACUUUGAACAAUUUGAUCUGUUUAUUUGAGAGAAAGGUUGAUAUGAAUGUUAACUAGAUUGGGAAAUUCCCUUUUAAACACUUCGGUUUUGAAACUGGCUUAGAACCCGAAAGGUCGUGGUUUUUUUCCCUUUGGCAACCAAGCGAAACUGUUUCCACUUGAGUCAUCCUGCUGAGUUUAACUUCAAGCUCGGUUACAAGAGUGAAAAACUAAACCCGAUGACGGUUGUUGCAUUGGGUGGCAGUCUGAGCAUAAUUUCAAAACGCGAGUUGCCACGAGCGUAUACGUGGGCACGCGCGGGGAUAAACGACCAAAGGCUCCUUUUUUUCCUCGCGUGUUCAUCGCGUGUUUCAAAUUUAAUGGCGCACGCGCAUUGAAAACCUCGUUCCCAGGAUUCUCCCUCUCCUUAGAUCGUGGGAGUUUGACUUGCGCCUGCUGAGCAAUGUUAAUGUUAUGGAUUAAAAUAAGUGAGUUUUACGUAGGUUCCAGGGGUGAGUAUAAAUGAGAGCACUAAAACUUUCAUUUCUAUUUUUUUAACGUCUUUAUCGUAGACAGAAGGGAAAGUACUGGAUUGAGUGACGAAGAAAUUGUUAACGUAAGAAAGGCUUCGUUCUGUUUUGUUUGUUUAGGAACUAUCACAGUCUUGCCUUUUUUUUAUAACGCUUAUCAUAAUGGCCAAACAGAGGUGACCUGAGUAAACCUGCGCUGACGUCUCAACCAAUCAGAUGCGAAACUGAAGCCCCACGUGACUUGGUCGCCCGCGCUUUCCCGCGCUUAAGGCUGUUGUCUUGCUUUUGUUUUUUUUUGUUCCCCUUGGCUACUUGUUACAGGUCACUUUUUCCAGAUGAUUGUCGUUAUAGUUUGAUUUCUAGAUUUUUGGUUCAACAACACUCAUUUGAAGUACGCUUAAUCCUAAACCUGAACUUAGCAAAAGUAACGCGCGGUUUUUGGCAUUCGACGAAAACAAAUGCAGCAGCUGCAAAAACGACUCGCGAAGCUUUCCGCCCCAAGCCUCUAACGGCUUCACUGUAAGGUGCGCACAAAUCCGCCCACUUAAAGCAUUGUGCCUGAUUGGUUGAAAAGGUGGUGUGAGUUUUUUGACCAAUCACAAAGCGGUUAGAGGCAAAACUAAAGUAAUUCCGGAUUUCUUAUUGACAUGCAGUUGUUAAUCAACUUUUUUCUGAAUUCUACAGUUGGUACAUCAAAUGAUGAGUGAAGCAAGUUCGCCAGAGUAUCUAAGCUCACCAAAUCUUAGCUCUCCAGGUGGAAGUGCAGAUUCAUACCAUGCUGGUUUGAACCCGUUCCAGUUCCCAUGAUGCCUUCUUACAGCUUGUUCGCAACCAGUCUUUCUCUGAAAGAGGUUCGCGUUGUUCCAAAUACGAUAAAACCAACUUAGUGUUGGUGUAGAUGUUAUGAUUUAGUUUCCAAGCACUUAAGUUAGAUUUACUGUCUAUGUUCUUUUUCCGUAUGUUUUGUCUUAUCUUAGG